UAGUAAACUCGAGUCACCGGCAAUAUCCUAUUACGGGAGUGGACUUCGUGAUCGGUCGCGUUCGUCACCACCGAGGCGGAGAUUCUGUUUAGGGUUGCGAGGGUGAGAUCGUGGUUUCCCAAUAGAAGUUCCUUCUUGUGCUUUAACCUUUGCCCGAAUCAUCGGAUUUCGUGUAUCCACCGCCGAGGCUCCCGAUCGGGGUGGAAAUCGCUUGAAUCGGUGGGUAUUGGAGCACCCAAGGUUCGAUCUCUUUAUUGUGGCAUCGAGCGGUUUGCCGCGGUGGAUUCUGCGGUGGGUUGCGUCUCCUUUGAUGUCGGAGUAUUUGUAACAGGGUGAUCCGUUUUGGAGGCGGGGUCUGAGUAGGAUUUUCUGGUUCGCUCUCGAUUUGUUUGAAUUGGCAACGAGGGUAUGAGGAUCACGGAGUUGGAGGACGGAGGAUCUGAUGAUUCUUGCGAUUCCGGCGUGCGGGAGAUCGUGCCGGCCAAGGCGAAGAGGGCUAUUGUCGGGGCGGGAGCACGGAUUUUAUUCUAUCCGACUCUUCUGUACAAUGUUUUUCGAAACAAGAUCCAGGCUGAAUUCCGCUGGUGGGACGAAAUAGACGAGUUUCUUUUGCUUGGGGCUGUUCCAUUUCCUAAAGAUGUUCCACAGUUGCAUCAGCUUGGAGUUCAGGGUGUUGUUACAUUGAAUGAACCGUACGAGACUUUGGUUCCAUCAUCCUUGUAUCAGACACAUGGAAUUGAUCACUUGGUGAUUCCUACAAGAGACUACCUUUAUGCCCCUUCCUUUGUGGAUAUAUGCCGAGCUGUCGAUUUCAUACACAGAAAUGCAUCUUCUGAGAGGACCACUUAUGUUCAUUGUAAAGCUGGAAGGGGUCGUAGCACCACCAUUGUCUUGUGCUAUCUGGUUAAAUACAAGCAUAUGACGCCUGCAGCUGCCCUGGAAUAUGUUAGAUCAAGAAGAUCAAGGGUGCUAUUGGCUCCUUCACAAUGGCGGGCGGUGGAGGACUUCAGCAAGAUGGUUAAAAGCAGCGCGCCUUUGUUUCCUGCAGGAGAUGCUGUACUGAUAACAGAGGCAGAUUUAGAAGGCUAUGACACGGGUAUGGUUGCUUCAAAGGAACUGAGCAUCAUUACAUCGUGCAGAUUUGGGCUGGCCAUGCCAGUGGUAGCAAGGCUCUCUUGUCUCUUGUCUGCUUUGAGGUCUACCGGUGGCUGUCCAACAGUUACUUCUCAACUGCCACAAAUAAGAGCUUGCUAGGAAAAAGCAUGGGUAAUCCUUUUUCUGUGCAUACAAGUUGGGAAGAACAGUAUUUAUAUAUACUAAAUGACAGUUCUAAUAAAGAUGUCGUACAUUAAGGUGUGAUUUCUUGUGGCUCCUUUCUUUAUUCACUUUGUUUGAGAAAUGCUACUCAUA